AAAGCUUGUUAACAGGCAAUCUCUGCUGUUCUUCAUUAGCCACUUUUAUUAUUACAGUGCAUUUCCAAAAAGUUUGGCAUUGUAUUUCUCAACAUGUUUGUCCUUUGAAUAAUAUUGCAGUACACCUUGGGUUUGUCUCUGCUUAAUUCAAACAUGUCGUCUGAAAUGGCUCAGCUCCUUAAAGAUGAUCAAAAGAAGUAUGUGCCACAUGAGAGGAAAGCAGAUGGUGAUCUCUCAUUUGUCGUACCAAUUUUCUUUGACGGGGAUGCUCUCACAGGUUAGACUUUCGUACAAAGUAAUUUUUCCAUCAUGGUCUAAUAGUGUGGGUGUCUUGCAACAAAAUGCAGUUUGAUGAACUUGAGCAAUUACAUAAAAGAGACACUACAAUAAUUAUUUUUCACCUAGACUGUUGUUUUGCACUGAAGAAGUUUUGAUGGAAACCUUUUAUGGCAUACUUACUGUAUGCUUUUGCCUAACCCAGAUCUGCUAUUCAGUAAUUUCACUGUGUAUAAAUAAAUGUUUAUUAUUACUUGAAUGUAUAUAUAUUUUUUUUAUUGUUAAAGAGGAAAGAGCCAGGAAUGUUCAAUGGGCAUUUGUUGAUGGGGAUGAUGCCAUUGAUUGCCUCAAAGGGCUAGACCCAAGCCACACAGAUUGGCAUGCAAAAGUUACUCUUUAUGAAGUGAGUUGGUAGAUUUCAGGCCCACAUGAACUUCAUACAUAUACAAACACUGCAAGUGAUUGAAGGUUAAGUGAACACUUUUUAAUUAUUGCUAUUUUUGGGUAGGUGGACAAGAAAAUUUUUUUCAGUAACGAUUCUUCGGGUGAAGUGGGGAGCAUGUGUGCUUCAAUGAACAGGACAGGAAAAACAAACGCCAAGAAGGGACCUAAAGUGGACUUUAAUGCCUACAAGGACUUCCACGACCGAGAAAUUGAAGCCCACAUUAUUGCCUCGUUUAUGGAAUUUGCUGGAAUGAAAUCUGUACAAGGUGAUGAUACAUAUAUUUUGAGCAGUAAUUGAGCAGUAAUUAUUAUUAUUUGUCCUCAACCAUUUGUGUUGAACGGGUUUGGAAUAUUAAGAAAACUUAAACUGUGUGCUCAAAUUUUGUCUUUUUAAACUUGUACCUUGGACUAGAUAAAAAUAAUUAAGAAAAACAUUUUACUUAUUCUGAAUUCAGAAAAGCUAUAGCUUAAAGGUGUUCUUGGAUAAAUAUUAUGAAAAAUAUGUGCAAAUUACCAAUUUAAAAUUUAAUUGCAGAUAAGCCGACAAAGUGUACAGUUCCACAAUCCUGGCAGUCCAAAGAAGACAAAAAGGCAUGGCUUUUUAAUCAGAUCGAAAAGUACCUGGAGCAGUUUGUGUUUGAUGCAAGCACUCUCCCUGACAUUACAGAACAAGUUCAACGUCUGGAGAAGAAUGAGAAGGAUGGAUACCAAUGCCGAGCACCAGGAUGUGAGCGCAAGUACGUCUUCCACUCAGGUAGAGUCAGGUACGUUAAUGCAUAACAUGAUUUGACAUUAAUGCACUGUUUUUUGCAACAGCUAGUAACUAAACAUCACAGUGUUUAGCUUUCCCUCAUGUUACAUUGAUCACAACACUCUUCUUUUUAAUGUGUAGGAGUAACACGUAGGACCAUUUGACUUUUUCAUUUGAUGGUAAUCACUCAAACAAAACAUAAUUGUGUUUCAUCAAAAUAAGAUAACUGAGUAAUUUUUCAAUAGGCAUGAGAUUGAGGCCCAUCCUGAACUUGCCAUUCAAGACAAUGAUCCUUCGGCACCACUAGACUCAGAAGGUUAUUACAGAUGCAGAGGAAGCUGUGGUCUGGUGUACAAAACUAAAGCCACAAGAAACAGGUAAGUAAUUAUUACUUAGUGUGAUAUAAGGUCUGCAAAAGACAAAACAAAGGCUCCUAUAAUGUUUAAAUGUUGCCAUUUCUGGAACUAUAAUUUUACUAAAAACGUAAGCUUCUCUUAAGUGACCAAAUACAACACCUCAGUUGUUUUUAGUACAUAAAUGAAAUGAUAAGUUCACCUGCUAACACUCAGAAUUUCACCAAUUAACAAUUACUGUUUGGUUGUUGACAUAAAAAGCAUUACCAUCCCUACUUUCAUAUGUAGUGAGGAUAUAUACUUCAUGGUCCAAUAUGUUUGUUUUGCAUGGGGAUAAGUUCACCCACUAACAAUAAUGUUACGAAUUACUUUUUUCUGGGGUAGACAUGAGAAGCAAUCCCAUCCUGACUUGCAAGCUACAUACACUAGCAGCCCUGAGACUGGCCAUGUUAUAAAUUCUGCAGAAGAGAAAAAGGAAGACCAUGUCUUCAACUAUCACAAAGCCAAGCUGACAUAUGGACUCUUGUUGUCCGAUUUUGGGGAUGCCAUUAGAGAAGGGGAUGGACAAAGACUGCUUUCACUAUACAAAUUGGCCUUGUUGAUUUUUUCUUGUUAUGGUCAUACAAAGUAUGCAUAUGUGACUCUGCUUUUGUUGGUGCGUGUUCAUGCCAUACUAAAUCAAUCUGAAGCAUUUAGCCUUAUGUCCAACCGCUUUUGUAACACUUCAGGAAGAAUAGGUAGGAAUAUUCCCCUUGAUUUACGGUUAGAGCAUCUAAACAAUUUGCUGAAAGCCUGCUUGAAAGCUCUUGGGGCAAAUGUCAAUGAAGAAAGUGCUCAGAGGAUAGCAGCUGCAUUAAACGGAAUCGAAAUGAUCCUUAACUCUGUUGACAAGGAUUGUAGAUGUACAGUGCCAUCCAAAGUUCGCGGUGGGAAAGGUCAUGAAGAGUCAGUGUUGCAGAUUGUGUCUGAUCUCAACAGUAUCAAUGCUUUUUGCAAGUGCCCUCAACGGGAUGGUUAUUCUGGCUUUGCCAAGUUCAAUUCUAACAUAAUUUCUCAGUUGGAUUAUGCACAAUUCUAUCAUUGGGUAAGGGAUAAGUUGAAAAUAUGGAAGGAAAUCUAUAGUCAAGGGCAGUAA